AUGAAUAUGGUGAAGAAGGGAGUGGUGGCCACGCCGAUUGGCGAGGCGGGCCAGGGCUUCUCGACCGCGCAGAAGGUGCUGCGGAUGUCCGGCGCCCUGCGCCAGAACUGGCGGGGCGUCCACCCCCUGCAGCCGGAACGUCAAAUGCAGCCGUCGCGGGCGAGAUUGCUUCUGCGCCAGCGCACCAACUUCCGCAUCUGGAAGACCUGGGCCGGCAAGACCAAGCAGCUUGCCCUCUCACCCCGAAUCUACGGCUCCGUCACCACGGUGAUAGUGCCGACCUGGACUCAUACCGCGCACCCGGUGGAUGAAAGCUAUGGCCACGAUGCCAGCAACGAAACGUUCUACCCCUACAAGAGCACCGUCAAGGGAACGCGGCACCGGGACGAGAAGACCGUGCUGGGCAUCAUCAACGAUCAAUGA